AUGUGGGAGCAGGACGCCGUGUGCGGCUUGCAGGUGCGCUGGCGCGACGCCGGGGGCGCGCGGCAGCGGGCCGGCGCUGCUGCUGCUGGCCGCGUGGGCGCGCCGGGAGGCUGCUGCCGCCGGCCGAGGCCGCCCCGCUCGUGUCCGCCGCUCCCUCCGCGGCGCUGCGCCCGACCCGCCUACGCCCACCGCCUCUUUGUACGCACGGCCGCGCCCGCAGCUCUGCCUACGCAUGCCCAUCGGCAACAGAACAUCCAUCGCGCGGCGGAGGGCGGGGCGGUGCACCGCGCGGCGACGCUGGCGCUGGCCGAGCUGGUGCCCGCGGCGCGGCGCGCCCGCGGCACGGCCGCCUCCUACCUGCUGGCCGCCUACGUGCCGCACCUGCACCGGCAGCUGCGACUGGCCGCCGAGCGCCGCGACGCCGUCGCCGUGCAGCUGUACGUGCGCGCCCUGGGCACCGCCGCCACGCCCCUCGCGCUCGCCGCCUUCCAGCCCUACCUCGAGGUGCGCGGCUUCCGCUGUGGCUCGCUGCCGCUCAGACCGGGCGCGCCUCGCCACCGCCAAACAGAACAGACAAACCAUUUCAACAGCCAACAGACUCACGACAAAUCAGACUCGUCGUGUUUUGAACGGCGCUCUCUCUGGGAAAACCUAGUAAUAACAUCAAACAGCCAAUCAUGCAUAAGAGAAGACAGCGUUCCCAUUCGUUACGCCUUCGCAUCGACGAGGAACUGUGCUAACCAUCCCGAACAGAACAGACAACUUCAACAGCCCAACAGAACAGAACCAAAUGACCGCAGGUCGCAGUUUGACUGCGUCCGGCAAAACAAUAGUUUGCGCGUUCGGACCAGUGAAGGCUGUGAUCAGCAGCGGACGUUUGUGAACUGUGAGCAGAGACUCACGAUGCAUACCGGUUUCAUUACGCGCAGGCGGCUAGCAGCACGAGGGCGAUGCGGCCCGUUGGCGGCCGCGGUGGCGCUGCGCAAGUAUGGUGCGCGCUGCCUGGCCCCUGGCGGCGCGCGCGGCCCGCGCCUGGUGCGCCGGCUUCCUCACCGCCUAGCUGCUGCUGAACGCGCGCGAGCACGAGGCGGUUGCGGCGCCGCCGCCGCGGGCGGUCGUGGUGUGCCGCCCCGCCCGCCCGCCGCUCGCGCUGCGCCGCCUCGCCACCCACGCGCGCAGAGCCCAGCCUGGCGGGUCGUCGCGCCCUGCGGCACGCCCUGCACGCCGCCGCGCGCAAGCCCGCGACCCGCUCGCGCGGCACACUUGGCUGCCAACGCCCAGGCGGCGCUGCCGUUCCUGGAGCCGUCUCCGCUGAGCGCGCACUACUCGCGCAGCUACGCGGCGACCGAGCGCUCGGCCGGCGGCGGGGCCCUGCGCGCGGAGGUGGACGUCCUCAACGGCGCCGACAGCACCGUCCCGGACGCCGUCUUCGCCGACAUUUUCAAGAGCACGGACGACGCCACGCUCGAAGCGCUUGUUCAGGCGCAAUGGAAGAUUGUUGUACCAGCAGCAACAGCAUUAUAUCUUACAGUACAGUAUUUCAUCACAUAUGGCAGAGGAGCAUCAAUAUUAUUUACCAGCUCAGAUUUCUUCUAUGAACAAAUUAUGCAGGAAGUCCUCAACAUGGACAAUAAGAAAGAAGGUAAUGCCCCUGAACACACAGAGGAAUCAAAGCCAAAAGGUAAAACAAAAAGCGCUCGAAAUGCGAAUGGUGAAGAAGAAGCAAAUGGUUGUGAUCCAGAUGUGGAAGGCGAAGAAUGUGAAAAACGCAGAGAGGACAUUGGGUUCGCUGAAGAUUUUAAGAAGCACCCGGACUUAGGCGUAUUCAAAUCGAUUUGUGGCAACAGAAACAUCAGUCUAAGCGAAUGCGGCUUGCGAAGUCUUGAAUAUCUUAUCCAGAGCCGACAGCGGCGGCGGAAUGAGGAGGGCGAUGAGGGGUACGUGAGCGACGUGGGGCAACCGGAUGGCACUCAGGAACCGAGAGCGGAAGGCAACGGCAGCCAAGCAACAGAGAGCAGGGCGAGAGCGCAUGGCCCAAAAGCCACCGAGGGGCGGCCGAGGAACUGGCACAACCUUUGUGACUACGACAACACAGAUGGGAAGCAGUACGAGCCCCUGUCCGCAGGAUGCGACGGGCAGCGCUCGAGAAGCGGAGCGGGGGCGGAGGCGGAGGCGGAGGCGGAGGAGCGACGCGGCUUCUCCAACGAGCAACUGCGGCGCUUGCUGGGGGUCCGCAGCCAGCCCUUCGAACCCUUCACAGGCCACGUGGCCUUCCAGGCCCUCGGAGCCUCCUACUUCGUGCCCUUUGGCGCCGACUUCGCCAGGCAGCUUUCCGACUUUGUGAUAGUAUUACAUCCCACAAUUCCAAAGAAAACGUAUUCAUCCACUGACAAUACUGUAAGACGGAUAUCAAAUGUUGAUUUGGCUAUAGAGCCCGAGAGGUACUCCCAGAAAACCUCCUACCGCUUCGGCUUCGCACUCCCGUUCGAGAACACUUUAUAUUCCGCGGGCGUUGAGCGCGACGUGCAGUUCCAUCUGCCAGUGGACCUGCAGCUCGGCGCUAGCUUCACCUGGCGGCAGGGCGGUGUACCUCACGGAGCUUUCACCGCGACUCUAACGCCACUGCUCCGGCGUGCUGACGAGCGCCUCCUGCACUACAACGUAGUACCCUUCGUCGGCCGUCAGAGCGCACUGCAGCCCGCGCCGCCGUUGGUCGGCCGUCACGACGUUGUCCGCGGCCGCGCCCCGCCACAGAAUGUUACAUUUUUGUUGAAAUGGCACCACCUCCGGUUUACUGAGAAUACUCCUUUGGAAUGGGAUGCAAUCAAUAUGUGA